UCUCAGUCUGACAAGGCAGGCAAGCAGCAGCUUCCUGUGCACAGGUGAGAGGGAGAAGACAGACACCAUGCAGAGACAUAUGAGAGGAACAGCUAUGGAGCAGAACUGCCGGGCUGAAGGCACCACUUCUCUUGUGGACAUGCACUGAGCCAGGAUAUCUGCCUUCAUCACUCUCCCUCUUCCCCCUCACCCUUCCCCUCACUGUUUGACAUUCAGCACCUGCUGCCGUCCAGCCUCACGACCCCAGGGACUCCCUUCGUCAGGACUGCUCAGUGCCCGGAGCUGGAAGUGUGUCACCAGUACUGAUGAAGCCUUCAUUGCUGCUUCUGUCUCACCUCUGCCUGUUCAGCCUCAUGCCUCCCUCAUGGUCAUCAGACUCAGCACAAGGUGCCCCCAGCCUCACUUGUUGGUAUGACUCACGGGCAGCUCUCUUCUGCGACUGGGACCCGGGCAGGGACCUGGCUGAAGCACCAUGCCAGCUGGAGAUUUUAUCAAAGAAAGGCUUUUGUGACAGCUCACUGGAGUUAUAUCCCUCACCUGAAAAACGCAGGAAGCACUGCAAAUUACCCAAGGCAGAGCAUAUGACAGGACUGAGGAGAUGCAUCAAAACCUUCAACCAAAAUGUUAAUAAUCAGUGCUUCACCAUUUCAGACCGUCUUAACUUGUCUGUCCAUUGCCACGCUGGAGAGAAUAAAACCAAAAUACCUGAGCAAAUAAAAAACUUCAAUCCAUUUGCAAAUAUAAAGCUGAGGCCUCCAGGAGACCUUCAGCUGGUUAACAUAACUGAAAACACCUCCAACCUAACAUGGAGCUUGAAUAUUUCCUCUCACUAUUUGGAUGGGAUGCGGGAGUACCAAGUGCGGUACCGACACGUGAGCCAGUCCUGGGAGGAGGCUGCAAACUUGCCCAUUGAACAGGACCAGAUGUGGGCAAAUUUUGAGAGACUCUCACCCAACUCUAAAUAUGAGGCAGCUGUCCGUGCAAGGCCAAGUGCGAGGAGCACAUACAAAGGCACGUGGAGUGACUGGAGCAAGCCAGUCCUGUGGAGGACACACGCUGACCAUAAGGGAACAUCCCAGCCAGUCCUGCCAGUCCUGAUAGUGAGCACUUUCAUCUUUGUGAUCAUUGGGACUGCCUUCCUCAUUAACUUACGGGCCCUGAAAUGGUUUAAGAAGAUCCUGAAGAUUCACAUCCCAGACCCUGAGAAGUUUUUUCCCCCACUUGUUUCGGUUCAUGGAGGUGACAUUCAGAAAUGGCUCUCCUCCCCAUUCUCCACAUCUUCCUACUGUGUGAACAGCACAAUCCCAGAGAUCUCCAUGCUCGAGGUGAUGCAGAAGAAUGACCAGGAAUCCCGGUUUCUACUUUCCAAGGGAGCCCUGACUCCUGAUCCUCCCAUAGAAACCAGUGUCCACUCUGGAUCCAGCUGCUUCACCAACCAAGGCUACUUCUUCUUCCACCUUUCCAACUCCUUUGAGAUCGAGCCCUGUCAGGUCUACUUCACCUAUGAGCCUUUCAGCCAGGAGGGCAGUGGCAGCAGGGAUGGCGACUGUUACCAGGCUCUCCCCUCUCCAGACCUCUGCACACUGGCAGAGGACAUGAAUGUGUUGCCCAACAACUUCUUUCACUGUAUUGAGGCAGCCCAGGGCUCCCAAAAGAGCUCCUUCAUGGAAGAGACAGAAGGUGAAGCCCAGCAGGCCAUGGCUGUUCCUGGGGCUCUCCAGUCGAGGGAAGGCACUUCACCAACACCGCUUCUGGAACAGGAUGAGAAGGUGCUGGACAAAGCAGUUUCACAACCACCUGAGGCCAUGUGCCAGCUGGAGACUGACUUUCCUGACCCACUGGAGCUGCAGGACAACGACACUGUCAGUGUAACGGAGGGCAGUGGGAAGGGGGGGCCUCCAGCUGACCCCUGCACACCAGCAGCAAAUGCUGCCUAUUCCUUCUCCCAGUCUCCACCUCCAACGCAAAGACAGGAUGAGGAGCCAUGCAAAACAGCCUUCUCCAGCCAGGUCCCAAACACUGGUGCCUACCUUUCUCUGAGGGACCUCCAAAGCCAGUACAGCCAUUGUUCUGUCUAGGAUCUGCCUGGAGGAGACCCACAGGUGGGAAAGGCCACCUCUGCAGGGAAGGCUGGAUGGACAGUUUCUCUCCUCAGGACAUGAAUGUAACUUCAGCAUCAAUCCCAUUGGGACUGCUCACUAACAAGGCUGGAGAACACAGCCCAACGAGGUCUUACCUUCACAAGCAAAUCUGUUUUUCUGUUAGUGCUGGCUCCGAUGGCAUAGAAACUCCUCACACUUCUCAAGUGACACUCCAAACCUCACCAAUUCAUUUUUCCCUUCCCAGCUCCUGGUAGGAGACUGUGCCAGCAUUUCCAUGCUCUGCAUUUUGAUGUGAAAUAUCACUCAGCUUUGAGGCUGAGCAGGCAUAUGAUCAGUUUGCCUCAUACUGGCCUGAAAACCUCUAGUGGGACAGAGAAAUGCCUGAAGAUGUGGAUGUUAGAUUUUAUACAGGGACCAAUAGCACUGCCAGUCAGUGCUGGGGUUGAUGAUGAAACGGAUGAAGACAUCUCCUCCUGACUGACCAAAGGUGUGAUUUUUUUCUAUGAUGUCCUCCUUUAAGUUUUAAUCAGAGAUUACAUUCUAAGCUACUUGGUCCAGCUUUACACUUUAGAGUCUAGACCUUGGAGUCUCUAAGGUUGGCUCAGAGCCACAAAUGCACCAGCUGUCUAAGCAGUGCAGCACAAAAAAGAAAUCCCCAUUAUUGAGUUAAAAAUACUGGGGAAAUCCCCUCCCUCUCUUUCUUUCCUCCAGCUCUGAUGGUGGCAGUAAAAAGAACUCACACAAUUUCCCAUUCUUGCUACAAUAUUUUUCAUGAAAUCGAAAGCCUUUCUGCCCUGCUGGCAAACUACAGUUAUUUGACUAUGAUAAGCUGAUUGCAGAAUAGUUCAUCCCACAUCCUGUAUAAGUGGAAACAUCACAGCAGUGCUGCCCAUUCCUUCCACUGCUGAAGGGAAACCAUUGCUUAAUUAGCAGCAAAGAUGUGGUGAAUAAGCCCAGAAAACUAACCCACGAAUCAGUACCUUUACUGAAAAGAAAACCUCAAUCCAUUUGCAAAGAAUAGGGAUAGCACAGACUUCGUUUUUCUUCUUCCUCUACAUGCCCUGAUCUGGCUUAGAAAAAGCCACAGAAGAAAAUGGGUAAGGCAAAGGAAGAUCCCUGCAUUCACCAUUUGUACCAUCUGUCCAUUUUCUUGCCGUAUUUUUCACCUAAAAAGGGCUGUUCAGAGGAGUUGGGCCUACUUGUUGCUGGGAGGGCUUGGGGAACUAUUCCUCUCCUCUCAUCAGUUCCUUCACCAUCUGUCUCAAGACACAGACUGCUCCAUUGUGUCCAGGAGAAAACAGGAGACACAGCUUCCCAGAUAGGGAAGUACAAGGCUUUCCCAGCUGUUUCCUGUACUUUGAGAAUCUUCCCAGAUGGACUUUGAAAAUCCUCCCAGAGACACUGACUCCCUUGCCUCUGAUUGGCAGUUUGCUAUCUUACAUGGGCCAAGGAUCCAAGCUGCACUGUCUCCAUGUAGACUUUCUUAAGCUUUUCUAUUUUCCUUCUUAGAAUCAUUAAGGUUGGAAAAGACCUUCAAGAUUAUCUAGUCCAAAUUUUGACUGAAUACUACCAUGCCCACUAAACUAUACUGCAAAGUGCCACAUCUACUUGUUUUCCGAACACUUCCAAAGAUGGUGACUCCACCACUUUCCUGGAGAGCCUAUUCCAAUGUUUAACCACUCUUUCAGUGGAGAAAUUUUUCCUGAUAUCCAACUUGAACUUCCCCUGGUGCAAUUUGAAGUAUUUUCCUCUUGAUCUAUCACUUGUUAUCUGGAAGAAGAGACUGACCUCUACCUUACCACAACUUUCUCUCAGAGAGUUGUAGAGAGCAAUAAAAUUACCCUUGAACCUUCUUUUCUGCAGGCUAAACAGACCCACCAAUCCCUCAGCUUGUGUUCCAGACCCUUCACCAUCUCCAUUGCCUUUCUCUGGACAUGCUCCAGCACCUCAACGUCCUUCCUGUGUUGAGCAUCCCAAAACUGAACACAGGAUCUGAGGUGUGGCCUCUGUACAGGGGGAUGAUCCCUUUCCUGGCCCUGCUGGCCACACCAUUCCUGGUACAAGCCAGGAUGUCAUCAGCAUUCUUGGCCCCCUGGGCACACCUGGCUCGUGUUCAACCAGCACCCCCAGGUCCUCUCCCACUGGGCAGCUUUGCAGCCACUCUUCCCCCAGUCUGCAGCACUGCAUGGUGCUGUUGCCACCCUGUUGCUAACAGGACCUGGUACCUUGUUGAACCUCAUACCAUUGGUCUUGGCUCAUCAAUCCAGCCUGUCCAGACCCUUCUGCAGAGCCUUCCUACCCUGCAACAGAUCAACACUUCUCCCCAGCUCGGUGUCAUCUGCAAACUGAAUAAAGGGGAGUCCUCGAUCCCCUUCCCUAGAUUUUCAACAGAAGUUAAACAUCUGGCCCCUAUACUAAGCCUUGUGGAACACCACUGGCUGCCAAGUGGAUUUAACUCCAAUCACCACAACUCUGGGUUUGUCCAUGCAGCCAGUGUUUUACCCAGCAAAGAGUACACACAUCCAUGCCAUGGGCUGCCAGUUUCUCCAGGACAAUGCUGUGGUAAGAUAGUGUAAAAGGUUUCACUAAAGAUUAGGUAGACACCAUCCACAGCCUUUCCCUCUUCUGCUAAGCAAAGUUCACCCUGUCAUAGAAGGAGAACAGGCUGGUCAAGCAGGACAAGCUUUUCCUAAACCCAUGCUGGCUGGGCUUGAUCCCUUUGUUGUUCUGCACCUGCCAUGUGAUGGCACUCAAGGUGACCUGUGCCAUGAUCUUCUGUGGCACGAAGAUCAGGUUGGUGGGCCUGUAGUUCUCAGAACUUCCUUCCAGCCCUUUUUGAAGAUGGAUAUCACACUGGCUAACCUCCAGUCACCUGGGACCUCUCUGGCUAGCCAGGACUGCUGAUAGAUGAUGGAAAGUGGCUUAGCGAGCUCUUCUGCCAGUUUUCUCAGUGCCCUUGGGUGGAUCCCAUCCAGCCCAAAAAAUAUGGGAGUGUCUAAGUGGCACAGCUGGUCACUAACUACUUCCUCCUGGAUUAUAGGGGGUUUAUUCUGCUCCCUGUCUUUGUAUUUUAGCUCAGGGGGGUGGGUACCCUGGGGACAUCUGGUCUUUCUGUUAGAGACUGAGGCAAAGAAGGCAUUAAGCUCAGCCUCAUCCUUAAUGACAAUAUUCCCCUGCCAAGACAAAUAAAGGAUGGAGCUUCUCCUUGAUCCUCUUUUUGUUAUUAAUGUAUUUGAUAUUUUUGAUAACAGUAGCUAGAUUGAGUUCUAGCUGGACUUUCUCCUUUCUAAUUUUCUCUCUGCAGGACCAAACUAUAUAUCCGUACUCUUACUGAGUAUAUCUUGCUGCUAAGAUGAGUACAAAAAUCCAGAUUAGCUUUUUUGUAAAUAAAGAAAAUAUUAAGUAA